AUGACUAUCGCCCUGCAAUUCGUCCGCCCAACUAUCCGGCAUUUCUCCGUCCAUCGUCCCCAACCCAAUACCCGCACCUCGCGAUUCGUUACAAUGUCUUGCCUGAUUUCUGCAGUCGUCCUUCCCUUUGUCCCACCAGCCCUCGAGAGUUCGCGGGAGAAGAACCAAGGCUAUCCCAACCACAGCAAACCGCAUCCUCCACUCUGCUUUCAUGCGCGCUGA